GGAACACAAAAGAAGAAGAAAGAGGGAGGAAGAGAGACGCAGAGUGUAGAGAGAGAGAGAGAGGUGUGCUAGCAUAUGUAUGUAGUUUCUCGCUCUUCCAUGAUCCGCAAUUAUUUCAGGCACCAAUCUCUCUCCCUCUUUCUCCGUUAACAUAAUAAGUAUAUAGUUGCGAUAUCCGCUCCCAAGAAAUCUGAUCACAGUAGGAUCGUAUCUACUUCAGGGCGUUCCUUUUUUUUUUUUUUUUCCUUUCCUGUUUGUUUGACGUUUCGGCAAAGAGAAAAUGGUGUCGGCGAACCGUGAGAUGGUGGUUUACUGCUUCGACACGCUCGUCUCUCACUACAACAGCGAAGAUGCUCCUCCACCCGCCUUCGAUGAGGGUCACCAUCCAUUAUUUGUUACUUGGAAGAAAGUGGUGAAUGGAGGGGAGCCUCGUUUACGUGGAUGUAUUGGAACUCUAGAAGCUCGUUGGUUGAUUAAUGGAUUCAAGGACUAUGCUCUAACCAGUGCUUUGAAGGACCGCAGGUUUCCCCCCAUACAGGCUAAAGAAUUACCCUUUUUGGAGUGCACAGUUUCCAUUCUGAUUGAUUAUGAAACUGCUAACCACUAUCUUGAUUGGGAGGUUGGAAAGCAUGGGAUAAUUAUUGAGUUUACCGAUCCAGACAAUAAUACAAGGCGAAGUGCCACAUAUUUGCCUGAGGUGGCUGCCCAAGAAGCUUGGACAAAAACGGAGGCAAUAGAUUCACUGAUGCGAAAAGCCGGGUACAAUGGCACCAUUACUGAGUCCCUCCGAAAGCGUAUACUGCUGACACGUUAUCAGAGCACGCUGUUUACAAUGCAUUACAGUGAAUAUCUUGCCUAUGUCAAGACAACCAGAGGCGCCGCUCCGUCUAUAGUUGGGGCUAAGCCCGGAAAUCAUUGAUUCUUUCAAAUAGCUUUUGCUUAGAGCACAAAGCUAGUUUGCUCUAGACAAAAAAAUUAUUUUAAAGAAGAAAGAACUGGGUGGGGAUGGAUAUGUUUGUCUUCCAUCUCAGACACCUAAGUUAUUGCUGUGCCUGUCCAUAUCAUUCUUCAAAUUCAUUUGAUUUUGGAGAAAGAAACCAGAAAGAACAGGUUUCCUUUAUUUUAAUAUCCAGAAUUCAUGAUUCAAGUUCACCUGCUUCUCGGGGAAAGCAUUGCUGGUGAAAAACUUUAGAGUCUGUAAGUUAAAACUAGUGAUCCCAGAGUGUUUCAUCUGAUUAUCUUUAUGUUCAUUGUUCAGCUCCAUUUGCAGUA